GUGCUAGAAGCAUGGAGAGCACAGUGGAUGGACUGACUAUCCGGAGACCCCGGUAUAAUGUCUCUGCGGAAAGCGCUUCUGGAUACCGGAGAGAAGCGGGUGUUAGGGAAGAGAAGAAACCGCGACAACGGGAUGCAGGGUUCGGUGCUGCUGUUCCUGUCUUGCUGCUGCUCUAUGUCCUGAGUGUGCGAGGGCUGGUGCACAUAUCGCUGCGGCAGCUUGUUACACCAGGAGGGCAUAGUACAGGCUUCAAUGCUUCCACUGCAAGGGAGUACCUGCAACAGAUCACUUCCAUUGACUCCAGAACAGCGGGAAGCCCUGAAAAUGAAAUUAUUGCAGUUAAUUACCUUUUGGGAAAGAUUAAAGACAUUGAGGAAAAAAUAAACUCGGUCCACAGGAUAACAGUAGAUGUACAAAGGCCCACAGGCACCUUUAGCAUUGACUUCCUAGGGGGCUUCACCAGUUACUAUGACAACAUUACUAAUAUAGCUGUGAAGUUGGAACCUGAACAUGGAGCAGAGCAUGCUGUUCUUGCAAACUGUCACUUUGACACUGUAGCAAAUACUCCAGGGGCCAGUGAUGAUGCAGUAAGCUGUGCAGUCAUGCUUGAAAUCUUGGGCUCUUUAUCAUCUUCUUCAAAACCCUUAAAGCAUGCAAUUAUUUUUCUGUUCAAUGGCGCAGAGGAGAAUAUCCUACAGGGUAGCCAUGGAUUCAUCACACAGCACCCAUGGGCCAAGAUGGUUCGGGCAUUCAUCAAUUUAGAAGCUGCAGGAGUUGGAGGGAAAGAGCUGGUAUUUCAGACAGGCCCAGAAAACCCCUGGUUGGUGCAGGCAUAUGCUUCAGCUGCAGUACAUCCAUUUGCAUCGGUGGUAGCCCAGGAAGUUUUCCAGAGUGGAAUUAUCCCUUCAGAUACAGAUUUCCGUAUAUAUAGAGAUUUCGGUAACAUUCCAGGAAUAGACUUGGCAUUCAUUGAGAAUGGCUACAUUUACCACACAAAAUAUGACACGUGGGACAGAAUUCUCACAGAGUCCAUACAGAGAGCAGGUGACAACAUCCUUGGUGUCUUGCACUAUUUAGCUACUUCUUCCCAGCUUGCUGAGUCCUCGCAGUUCCGUCAUGGGAACAUGGUGUUCUUCGAUGUGUGUGGCUUAUUUGUUUUGUCUUAUCCAGCCCGUCUUGGAACCAUCAUAAACUACAUUACAGCAGCAGUAACCCUUUUCUAUAUCGGCAAAAAAAUUAUUAAAUACAAGCAAGGGGGUACAAACUACGUACGGGACCUUGUAUACGGCUUAAUCAUUACAUUAGUAAGCUGGGUUUCUGCAUUAGUAACUGUCCUCAUCAUUGCUGUGCUUGUGUCACUUGCUGGAAAAGCCCUAUCUUGGUAUACACACUUCUAUGUUUCCAUUUUCCUAUAUGGAUCCGCAGCCGUGGCCAAGUUUAUUCUGGUGCAUUCUCUAGCGAAGACUUAUUUCUUUGCAGGUGCAAGCAGCCAGUAUCUAGGGGACUUGUUUUUUGACAUCUCCUUAAUAACUUGGUGCAUUCCUUUGGUGCUCCUAACACAAAGUGGCCUGUGCUCUGCUUACUUCUUUGCUGCAUGGAUCAUUUUCCCACUGCUCACAAAGCUGUUACUUCAACCAGAUAUUAUCCAUCAAGGUUCUCCCUAUAAGUUUACUGCGGUGUAUCUUCUGGGAUUAUUUCCACCCUAUCUGCACACUAUGUACCAUGUAUGGGCAGUCUUUGAGAUGUUCACCCCUAUUCUUGGCCGCAGUGGCACAGAAAUACCACCUGACAUUGUGCUCGGUUUCCUGAUUAUCGCAUGUACCAUAAUAUUGAUAACCUACUUUAUUAGCUUCAUCUAUCUAUUAAAAAACACCAAGAAAAUCAUUGUCACUUUGGCUGUUUUAUCAGUGCUUACACUUCUGCUGGUCUGCAGUGGGAUGUUUUUCCCAUACAGCUCCAGCAAUGACAGCCCUAAACCAAAGAGGAUUUUCCUGCAGCAUACAACCCGAACCUUUCACAGUUUGACUGGAGAAGUAGUUAAAAGAGAUUCUGGCAUUUGGAUUAAUGGCUUUGAUUACACAGGAAUAUCUUAUGUCACUCCUCAUAUUCCUGAAUUAAAUGAGACUGUGCGUGCACCAUGUGAUGAUGCCCCACUCUGUGGAUUUCCUUGGUAUUUUCCUGUUCACCAUUUGAUCAGAAAAAACUGGUAUCUCCCAGCCCCACCAGCGCCUAUCAAUGAGCACACGGACUUUAAACUUGUGUCCAGGGAGGAGAUGUCCUGGGGUGCUACAAGACUGUUUUUUGAGGUGAAAGGACCAAGUCACAUGACUGUAUAUGUACGCCCAAACACUAACACUGUGUUGUCCAGUUGGUCUCUUGGUGAUGGAAUCCCUGUGGCCAGUGGAGAAACGGACUAUUUUAUAUUUUACUCUCAUGGACUGUAUGCCCCAGCAUGGAAGUUUUGGAUAGAACUUAAGAACUCUGCUAAAGAAAGUAAGGGAAUAGUGACAGUUGCAGUUGGUUCACAUUACUUCUUUGGAGACAGUCGCAAUUCCCCUGAUCUAGAAACACUGGAGCUGAAAUUUCCAGACUGGAGUUUCCCAUCAAGUUGGGUGUGCACCUAUGACCUCUAUGAAUACUGAAAAGUUUUUUUUAGAGACCAGCUAUCCAUCUCUGAUUCUGUAAUUUGUAUGUUAUUUAAAUAUUUCUUUCAAAUCUAGUGGGCUGGGUUUUUAACAGCAGAGAAAAAAACACUAUACACUGCAAUAUGACCUCACCUGGAGUGAAAGCAGCAUUAUGGUGGAGUCCAAUACUGUACUGCGCCGGUAUCUUUAGCUUUUUUCUAUACCAUCUUCAUUUUGUUUUUGUCAGACUAAAAUGGUGAUAAUUGAAUUGCUCAAAGUGUUAAUAAUAUUGAGAACCUAAAAUGCCUUAAGCUGAAUAUUCUGCACUGAAAUGAUGGAUCUCCUGGUUCAUCCAAAAGUCUUAAACUUUAAUUCAUGCCGACAUAUAAGUUCAGUCUAGUUUGUAUGGGUUUGUGCUGUGUGUAAAGCACAUGUAAGUGAUUCGCCUACAAGUUAACUUUUAGUACGUUCUAGAAUGGACAAUUCUAUUCAACUUAUCAAUUGGUCUUCAUUGUUUAAUUAUUUGCUUUCUUCUUCUCUUUCCAGCUUUCAAAAGGGUCACUGACCCCCAUCUCAAAACAAAUGCUCUGUAAGGCAUUUGAUAUUGCUACUUUGUAUUACUCAUAUUUCUGUUCAGGCUUUCCCUAUUCAUAUUCCAGUCUCUUGUUCAAAUCAAUGCAUGGUUGCUAGAGUCAUUUGGACCCUAGCAACUAGAUUGCUAACAUUGCAAACUGGAGAGCUGCUGAAUAAAAAGCAAAAUAACUCAAAAACAAAUAAUAAAAAAUGAAAACCAAUUGCAAAUUGUCUCAGACAAUCACGCUCUACAUCAUACUAAAAGUUCACUCAAAGGUGAACAAUCCUUUUAACCUGGUUUAGCUGUAUGUGUUCCAAUCGCUGUAUAACUGAAAUUAUGGUAUAUCAGAGGAACUGAUUGAUGGGGUCAUUAAUAAUGCUUGUCCUGAUAGAUGAGACAUUUACGAGCCUAAGCAUCAUCAUUAGCAGACACUAGUUACAUAGACUUAUUUACCAUUGUUGUUGAAUGAAGUGGAAAGCCAAGUAGGCCUCCAGAUAUCAGUAUUCCGAUAUCGGGCAGGGAUCUUUCUAGAUUAACAGCAACUCCAUGUACUCUUUAAAGGUGAACUGUCCGGAAAAUGAAAAUUUAUUAUACGAUUCAUAAUGCUGAAAUAAGAAACUUUGUAAAUACAAUCAAUAAAAUAUUCUGCAUUGUUUCUGAAA